CGUCCGGGACGUCUGAGGACCUGAGGAGAUGGCUGAUCCUUGGCAGGAAUGCAUGGAUUACGCAGUGGCGCUGGCCAGGCAGGCUGGAGAGGUGGUUCGUGAAGCUCUGAAAAAUGAAAUGAAUGUUAUGAUUAAAAGUUCUCCUGCUGAUUUGGUAACGGCUACUGACCAAAAAGUUGAGAAAAUGCUUAUUGCUUCCAUAAAGGAAAAAUACCCGUCCCACAGUUUCAUUGGGGAGGAGUCCGUGGCAGCUGGGGAGAAGAGUGUCUUAACUGACAACCCCACGUGGAUCAUCGACCCUAUUGAUGGAACCACCAACUUUGUUCAUAGGUUUCCUUUUGUAGCUGUUUCGAUUGGCUUUGUUGUAAAUAAAAAGGUGGAAUUUGGAGUUGUGUACAGUUGUGUAGAAGAUAAGAUGUAUACUGGCAGAAAAGGAAAAGGUGCCUUUUGUAAUGGCCAAAAGCUUCAGGUUUCACAACAGGAAGAUAUUACCAAAUCACUCUUGGUGACUGAGCUGGGCUCUUCCAGAACACCAGAGACUGUAAAAAUCAUUCUUUCAAAUAUGGAGAAACUUCUUUGCAUUCCUGUUCAUGGGAUCCGAGGUGUUGGCACGGCAGCCGUUAAUAUGUGCCUCGUGGCGACUGGAGGAGCAGAUGCGUAUUACGAAAUGGGAAUUCACUGCUGGGACAUGGCAGGAGCUGGCAUCAUUGUUACCGAAGCUGGUGGCGUGCUCAUGGAUGUAACAGGAGGACCAUUUGAUUUGAUGUCACGAAGAAUAAUUGCAGCAAGCACCAGAACAUUAGCAGAAAGGAUCGCCAGAGAAAUACAGAUCGUUCCUUUCCAGAGGGAUGACGAGGACUAGUGACAGUAGGUCACAGUCACAGCCACUUCCCCCCAGAUUUGUUCAUGCACUGAUGGACAUCUCUUUCAGAUGUAGGUUGCUGAUUUAAAUUUUCUUUGGUAUCCAGAUUAAAAAACUGGCAUUUGCUCCAUAGACUAAGACUGGGUAUGUAAGAAUACCCAUGUUUGCUUCACUGUUUUAAAAAAAGGUUGCACGUUAAGAAUGCACUUUAGGACAAAUACAAAGGCAGUAAACUGUUCAUGAGAUAUCUGUAACACAAACUAAGCUAGUCAGAAGUGUACGUUGAUAUGUGUGUAUUGUGUAGAUGUGUUCCUCAGGAAAACAUGAGCCUCAGAAAUAUUUAUCUACAAGAAUCCUCCAUCAGAAAAUCUGCUUUUUGGAGACAGUUUUCCCUUUGAUUUUUCAGGCCAUCUUUAAAUAUGUGUAAAGAUGUAACAGGGACACCCUUGCCUGAGGUUUCCUUCUUUGCAGUGAAUCAGUGUGCCCAAAGAACCUGGCAUAGUAACUGCCAGACUGUAGACAGCCCAAAAUUUACAUUAGAAAUUUGGUAAGAAUGGCGCGUUAAGUGAUGGACUCAGCAUUUUGUAUGUUUGCUUCAGGUCCUAAAGUAAAAAUUUACCUAGUUUGCCUUUUUAUAUUUCACAUUACCAACCAUGCUGCCAGGUGGUAGCACCAAUUGUAGACAUUUUUGUAAUUAAUAUUUAUUAUUGUUUUCUAAAUCAUCUCAUUACGGGAUGUUUGGAUUCCGUUAAAUGUCCAUAUCCUUGGGUCAGAGAAAGAAACCGUUUCCCAGAAGAACUCGCU